ACUACUAUAAUAGUAGUGAUAGUGUUAUGACGUUAUGCGCCAUAUUAUAGCAAUUUGUUUAUAUGUUUGUUAAUAAUAAGUGACUAAUAGGUGUAUACUUCCUAACGAUGGACAACAACAUAACGACCGCACAAAUGAAUUAUUACAACAACAACAACAACAACAACAAUAACCACACCAACAGUUGUCUGUCUUUGGCCAUCAAUAAUGGUAUUGUUUGUGAGGGUUGGCUAACAAAGUCACCGCCGGACAAGAUCUGGAAAACGAAAUGGCGUCGCCGUUGGUUUGUCCUCCGACUUCCCGGUAAUAUCCCGGGUCAGUACGUACUCGAGUAUUACGCCGACUCAACCAAACGCAAACUCAAAGGACUUAUAGAUUUGGAUCAAUGCGAACAAGUCGACGCAGGACUACAACUGGAGAACAAAAAAGACAAUUUUCAGCAUAUGUUUGAUGUGAAGACUGCGAAACGGACUUAUUAUUUAGUGGCCAAUAGUGAAAGUGAAAUGAAUAAAUGGGUUGAAUGUAUUUGUUCUGUUUGUGGCCUAAGAAUACAUGUCGAGGAAGGACAGGAUGACAGGUAUUCUCCACAACCGAGUCAAGAGUUAGCAUUUAGUGCAAACAAUAAUAAUAAUAAUACCAAUAAUAACACAAACAGCGUCUCUACCAAUGCUGACUCCAACGGAACGUUGACCACAACUAUCGCAUCUUCGACGCCAUCAAUCAUUACAUGUGCUCCCACUUCAAGUACGAUCACUUCGUCCAAUACAUUAGCAAAUAAUACAUUGAAAAACUCUGAAAACAUAAAUAACAUGAAAAAUCAUAUUAAAUCAAAUCACGCCAAAAGCAACUCAAGAGACUCAACCAAUACCCGCACUUCUGUGACACAUAUUGACGGCCCUUCGGGACCAUACAUCCCGAUUAGUGAGUGUCACACAGGAAAGCCUGUAAACGGAAGUUUAGUAGAUUUAGAUACUGUGCCACAACUUCCAACUAAACUAAGUCGAACCAUAUCUGAUGAAUGUUAUGAUAUUCCCAGACAACUUAAUCCGGGCACAGAUAUGCUGUCCAACAAAACAGAAGAUAGUCUAUUAGAAAGUGUGCCAAAAGCACCGAAAAGUGCCACAAAUCAAAAUCAUGUUCUGCGAAACACAACAGUGUCGACGAUACCUAAUCCACCAAAAGUCAAUUGGAGUACAUAUCCGCGUGACUCACCUGAAGCUAUGUCUUUGAUUACCAAUGAUUCAACGCGUACUUCAGUGCGAAGCUGUAGCGCAGCGCUCGAUCUGACGACUAGACAUAGAAGCAAAUCAGGUUUGGAUCAGCAAAGAUCAAUAUCACCACCAAAUCUAGACAUUAUUCGAGACACUGUGCAAAGCGUUGAUGGCAAUCAACAGUUUCAACCACCUCCUCGACCACCUAAGCCUCCCAGUCUUAGGCGAUCUAAAAGUAAAUCAGAUGGUUAUGGCUCAGUGCCAAAUGUGGCUCAACUAUACGACAUUCCCAUAAGUGGCGCUGAAUAUAAUGAAGAAGUGGCUAAUAAAAGAGCCCCCAUUUGUCCACAAAGUGGUGAUUCACCGAAAUCAUUGGAUGAAUUGUAUGACUUUCCACGAAUGAAUCCUCGCUCAUCAGAAACGACUCAUUUUACUGAUAGCACUGAUAAGGAUGCGUCACUUAUCAAUGCACCCGUUCCUAUCAGUACUUUAGAUAGAUCGACAUCACGACACUCCAAACAACACUCCUAUACUAACGCCAAUCUCGCUGAUAUGAGACCUCAUUAUUCCGUUAAUAAGGAAACUAUAUUUAAUUACGAUUAUAAGCCUACCCUGACUUCAGGUGCCGAUGAAAAUAGCAAUGCAUUGGCUAAUGAUUCAACACAUGACAGAAGUCCAUUGACGCCUAAUUUAGCCAAUUAUUGCAAUUCACAUAUUUCUAGUUCCUUACCAAACAAUCUGGUCGUCGGUCCGCCCGCUGUUAAUAGAGAUCUUAAGCCAAAACGUAAAGGUUCCGACAGUGAUAAUAGUAAUACAACGCUUCCAUCGCCUACAACAAAGUCGGCGACAAUUCAAUUACAACCUCCGCCAGCACUGACGCGUAUUCAAAGUGCGGCCACCAAAAGGAGUUUCCGGAAACCCAGUGCUGUCCAAACACAGACUACAAUUAACGGAACUCUACCGCGAGUACCGUCGAGACAUAUGCAACAAAACCACAAUCGCGAGCCGUCUACUUCUGAAGAUGACACCAGUCUUAAUGGAAACAGUCGUCUAAACUCAUCCAAUGAAGAACAAACAGGAAAGGGAACGAAAGUACCUCCACCUCCGCGUCAUUUCGAGGGCUCAGAAAUACAAUAUCUUGAUUUAGAUCUCGAGUCGGACACAAACUCUCAAAGUCCUCGAACACCUAAUGAACAUAAUCAUCAACGAAGUAGUUCAACACUUUCUAACAAAGAGCUGACAACCAGUGCAAGUCAUAAUCAAUCUACCAGUGCGUCGAGUUUGGAUUCAACUGUUUACAAAACUGUCGACUUUUUAAAGACACAAGAGUUUAACAAAUUGCGACUGAAUAUGGAGUCAUUCAGAAAUUGUCAGUAAUUUUUAAGAUAUAUAUAUAUAU